AUGGCAUCUCCGUUAUUAUCGUCCCGGGCGCCAGAAACGCCACAGAUCAUUCCGCCGACGCCCACGGGGAUGACAACGACGGGCCUCGGCAUCGAUAGCGAAACGAUGUCGCUGGCCACGGCGUUCCCGGCGUUUCAUGCCGCCGCUGUGGCACCGGCGGAGAAACAGGCGAGCGCAGGCCCGUUUAACUUCCAGCCCAUGGUCGCGAGCAAGUCGCCUAUUAUUCCCAAGCCGAACCAACGGCGCGGGCAUAAAUACAAGCACUCGUCCGUGUCUCACCAGAUAUUUCUCGAGCCGCCAGUCCGCGCGCCACUCACGCUCCCCGCCAGCCUCCCCAUGCCGACGUGGAAAGAGCUCUACCGGUCCGUGUCAUCUGAGCAGCGGCGCCGCGCGCUGUGGUGCAUUGCGCACCUGGGCGUCGCCGCGUUCACGCUGUACUCCGCCGCUGGAAGCCUCGCCCUCACCGCGCUCAGCCACCUUAUCAUGUUUGAUGCCCUCGGCGCAACGGUCUGUGCUGCCGUCGAUGUGCUGAGCAACUUUGACGUCUGGAAGAGGAGCAGUAUUAGACACCCCUUUGGGCUGGAGAGGGCGGAGGUCCUUGCGGGGUUUGCAAUGAGUGUUUUCCUGCUGUUUAUGGGCUUCGAUAUCAUCAGUCAUGGCGCGGAACAUUUACUAGAGGGAUGGUGGUUGGAGGAGGGUGAGGGGCAUGUGCAUGAGGAACAUGUCGCGAGGGUCACCGCGGGCAGCAUCGAUGUGGCCGCCCUGGCUGCCCUGGCGGCGACAACCGUCAGCGCGCUGCUGUUGAAGAAUCAUGCGCGGAUCGGGCGAGCAAUGCACAUAGCAGCGCUCAGCCACCUGCCCUCGAUCCUCAGCAACCCCUCGCACCUGCUCACACUCGCAACCUCAACUCUCCUCCUCCUGAUACCUUUGCUCUCACUCCCCCAAUCCUCAUACCUCGACCGAGCACUGGCACUAACCAUGGCCUUGUCGAUGAUCGCGAUCGGCGCGCGGCUGGUGCGCGUUCUCGGUUCGAUGCUAUUGAUGUCGCACUCUCGCGGCGCAGAUGUGGUGCCCAAAGUCGUCGACGAGAUAAGCAAGGACCUCGCGGUCCGCGAGGUCCAGGAGGCACGAUUCUGGCAGGCGCAUCAUGGCCUGUGCAUCGCUACGCUGAAGGUCGUUAUGGAGGCGGGCAUGGAGGAGGGACGACUCAGGGAGCGCGUGGGGAGGCUGGUUAGGGAGCGCUUGGGCGGCGUCUAUGGCUCUACGAAGGGGCAGGGCGCUAGGUGGGAGGUCAGUGUGGCUGUUACGACGCUGUGA